AUGCUGCUGUGGGUGUCCUUGCUGGUCCUUGCUCCAGUGAGUGGACAAUUUGCAACUGCACCCAAACCUGUGAUUUCACUCCAGUCCCCAUGGAACAACAUCUUUCAAGGAGAGAGAGUAAAUCUGACUUACAAUGGGUUUCACUUCUAUGCACCCGAAGAAAUGAAAUGGUACCAUUGGUACCUUGUGAAAGAAAUACGAAGAGAAACCCCAAGAAAUGUCCUGGAGGUUCGUGAGUCUGGAGAGUACAGAUGCCAGGCUCAGGACUCACCUUUAAGCAGUUCUGUGUACGUGUUCUUUUCUUCAGAUGAGAAAGAAGGCAAAUAAUUCCUCAUCCUGCAGGCCCCACAUUCUGUGUUUGCAGACAACAUGUUGGUUCUGACAUUGGAAAAGAGGAAAGAGAAGCUCACUGCUGUGGAAUACACUUGGAGGGGAAAAACUAUUUCUUCUUCUACAAGAAACUGGGAUCUUCUUAUCCCACAAGCAAGUUUAAAUAAUAGUGGCUCUUAUCAAUGCAUUGGAUCUGGGGACAAAAAUUACGUAUUUAGGUCAAAUUACAAGAUUAUUAAAAUUCAAGAACUAUGUCCACAUCCAAAGCUGAAAGUCACAGCUUCUCAGCCUACAGAAGGGAGUCCUGUAAAGCUGAGCUGUGAAACACAGCUCCCUCCAGAGUGGUCAGACACUCCACUUCACUUCUUCAGAGAUGAUAGGGUCAUUCUGUUAGCCUGGAGCAGCUCCCUGGAGCUCCAGAUCCCAACCAUCUGGAGAGAAGACUGAAUGUAGUGCGAACUGACCCACAGCAUCUAAAGACACAGCCUCCCACCGCAGAUCCGUGUACAGAGGAUCCCUCUGUCUCAAGUCUCCAUCGAGACCUGGCCCCCAGGGGGCCAGGAGGUAGAAGGGGAGACAUUUGUCCUUGUAUGUUCUGUGGCCGAAGGCACAGGGAACACCACAUUUUCUUGGCACAGAGAGGAUACAGAGGAGAGUCUGGGGAGAAAAGCUCAGCGUGCCCAGAGAGCAGAUUUGGAGAUCCCAGAAGUCAGGACGAACCUGGCUGGGAAGUACUACUGCACAGCUGACAACAGCCAUGGCCCUAUCCAGACCCAGAUGGUGACCAUCACUAUGAGAGAGACUCCAGGCAGUAGAAAUGGCCUUCUUGUAGUGGGAGCGAUCGGGGGACUGCUUGGUGUUCUCCUCAUGGCUGGCACCCUGCUGACUUACCUCUGGCGCUGGAGGAAAUCAGAUUUGAGUGCUCCCACCCCAGGUCACGGAGAGUCCUCCUACUCCACCCACCCUGCCCCAGUGGAGCUAAAGUGUUAUCUUUUCUUUUCAGUGCACCCCAAAGAGGAAGAUUUGGUGUAUUCUGAGAUCCAGAUUACUCAGCUGGGAGAAUCUCUGGGAAGAGAUUCCUCAGCCUAUUAUGCCUAUUCUUGGAACAGAUAUUUACUGAGCACCUCCUGUGUGCUGGGUACUAUUGCAAGUACUGGGAGUCAAUCAAAACCACAGCACGAAAAUCAAAAGCAAGAAUGUGUUAAUGUAAAAGAGAGUUUUUCUCACAGGGUACAGGACACCUCACCUGUCUACUCUGAGGUGAAGACACAGCCACUACCAGAUGACUGAGUUGGAAGGGUCAGCUCUCAGGAUAAAGAGGCCAUGGACAGCUACAAAAAUGUCUUACUCAUGUGA